UACAGUUCAUCAGUUAGUCAUAAAGUGAAUGGAGAGACAUGUUUUAAGCACUCAGUCAGUCGAAAACUAGCAAGCAUUCCCAAACCAACCAUCUCGAAAAUGACGAACCAUUAAUUGAGGACGUCCCUUCCAAUCAAUGAAAAUAUUAUUUGUCUUCAGCUUAUGGCUCUGCAAUGUGUCGUAAAGCCCAAAAUGUGGUUGGGUCUUAAGCAGAUCCUGCUCUACGUGGGCCUACUGCUCUGUGUCCUUCUUCAGGUGUGCAGGAGCAAAACCCAACUUCAAAUGUUCUGCCCGACUGUCUGCCACUGUGAUCUGCAUGCCCAGCGAAAUCGAGCGAUAUGCAGUGCCAAGCGCUUGAUAAGCGCCAAUAUAGAAAUGCCCAAAACGGUUGAGCUGUUGGACCUGAGCUACAAUGACAUAACAACCAUUGAUGAUGACUCCUUCAAGACCACUAUCCACCUGCUUAACCUCACAUUGGCUCACAAUGCCAUCCACACAAUUUAUGGUGAUGCCUUUUCGGAAUUGACCAAACUUCGAUACUUGGAUCUUUCGUACAAUCGCCUGGAGCAGAUCGAUGAACAUAUUCUCGAGUCCAACAACCAACUGAUCCACCUUAAUCUGGAGGGCAACAAGUUGUCCACCCUGGGAAAAGGACCCAUUUUAAGGAGUCCAACACUUCGCUCUCUCAAUCUGCGCAACUCGCAGGUAAAUCAAUUGGGAAUCCAGCUAUUGAGUGCCAUGCCCCAGUUGCGUCAACUGGAUUUAGCUCAGAAUAUGCUAGUGACCCUGAGUCCGGGAGAUUUUCAUGCCCCACGUUAUUUGGCCUCCCUGAAUGUGGAGGAAAAUCCUUUCAAUUGCGAUCGGGCUUUGGCCAAAGUGGCCACUGGAUUACGACAGCGUGGCGUGGCCAUUUUCAUGAGCGACUGCGUGGAGGAGGAGGUGCCGGUUGCACAGGAGGAAGUGGACGUGGAUGUCGUUGAGGAGGCUAAGAUGAAGUUUGAACGCAUGGAGCACUUCGAGCCCAGCACCCAAGGUCCCCAAUCCGUGCUCUCUGUCUGGCGGGAGUUGGACUCCAGUGAGGAACAGGACAGCGAGGAGGACGACGGCCAGAUGUCAUCCCUCAGCGAUGUGUGCGAGGGAAGCCGGGAGAAGCUCUGCCUGCGAUACCGCACUUGCUUGGAGCGCGUGAGUCACGAACUCCUAGCCGGGGGCAACUCCCAGCUGGAAGAUGAAAUCAUACGCUCACACUCCUACGACGAGGAUGACCUCAAGCUGGCCUUUGUGGUGGGCGGGGCCACGGGCGUCUGCAUGGUCAUCUUCAUCAUAACCUUUGCCCUGUGCCUCAAGAGUUGCUGUGAGAUGCGCAAGAAGAAAAGCAACCCAGAGGUGGUCGAUGGGGAUUCAGCUCCUUUGGAUUCCACGCAAGAUAGCCUGCUCACCAUUCACACCUGGUCACCGCAGCGGACUCGCCACCCCAGACGCUCCAAUCCUCAGCGUGCAUCGCGUGCCGUCGUCCGCCAACCCUACGGACCGCAGGACAAUUUCGUGUCCCGGCUUUUUGGUCGUCCGGCCCGCAGUCAGUACUACCGGACCAUCAAUCAGAACACGGCCACCCUCAUCCGGCGCCUCAGUCGGAGCAACCUCUUCACCAGCCGGGAUCGGGAUCGGGAGGCGAGUUCACCCACCACGCCACCGCUCACUUCCACGGCUAGAUUCUACACGGAUGUGGUCGAGAGUGGUGCCGCCAGACCGGAGACGCCGCCUCCAAACUACGGCGAUGUGGUGGUCAUCGAGAAUUGUGAUAACAAGUGAGGGAAGCUCCUUGCUUGAGGAGGCAAACAUUCGUUUUAACUAAUACAUAUUCUUAGAUAUCUCCGCUCUCGCCCAUAACUCAUUUAUAUCUACAACAAACUUGAUAUAGAAAUAUACCUAACAAUAUCUGAAAAAAUU